AUGACAUCACAUAGCAGCGAUUGUGUGAUGGCAGGACCCAGACCAGUAGUUCUGAGUGGCCCCUCUGGAGCAGGGAAGAGCACUCUGCUGAAGAGGCUCAUGAAGGAUUAUGAAGGAGUCUUUGGCUUCAGCGUGUCCCAUACCACAAGGAAUCCUCGUCCUGGUGAAGAAGAUGGAAAAGAUUACCACUUUACCACCAGGGAAAAGAUGCAGGAGGGCAUCGUUAAUGGAGACUUCAUUGAGAAUGCUGAAUUCUCAGGGAACAUGUACGGAACAAGUAAGUCUGCUAUUGGGGAUGUCCAGGCGCAAAACCUCAUCUGCAUUCUGGAUGUUGACAUCCAAGGAGUGAAAAACAUCAAGGAGACUGACCUCAGCCCCAUCUACAUCUCUAUCCAGCCCCCCUCAAUGGAGAUCCUGGAAAAGCGUCUGAGAGACAGACAGACUGAGACAGAUGACAGCUUACAGAAGCGUUUGGAUGCUGCAAGGACAGACAUGGAGCUCAGUAAGGAACCUGGAAUGUUUGACCUGGUAAUCAUCAAUGAUGACUUAGAGGAAGCAUAUGAAAAGCUGAAAAGUGUUCUUAUGGAGGAGAUACAGAAGGUACAGGAUUCAAAGGAGGAUUCCAAUGAGGAUUCCAAAGAGGUUUCCAAGGAGGAUUCCAAGGUGGAUUCAAAGGAGGUUUCCAAGGAGGGUUCCCAGGAGGAAUCCAAGAAGUAA